GGCGAUAAAAUCAUAAUGCCGCUGUCAGCCCUCGAUCGCCUUUUGUCGAAUUUACAGGUCAAUUACCCCAUGUUGUUUGAACUGAGUAAUCCCGGUAAUUCUGGACGAGUUGCUCACUGCGGGGUGUUGGAAUUUGUUGCCGAUGAGGGCCUAACGUUUUUACCCUACUGGAUGAUGAAGAAGUUGCUUUUGCAAGACGGUGAUCUUGUUCAGGUGAAAAACAAGAGCCUUGUGAAGGGAACAUACAUGAAGUUGCAGCCUCACACUAUGGAAUUUCUUGACGUCUCAGACCCGAAAGACGUCUUGGAGACUGCACUGAGGAGCUACUCUUGUUUAGCCACUGGUGAUACCUUCAUGGUCCCUUAUAACAAUGAGGAGUACUACAUCGACGUAAUUGAAACAAAGCCGUCCCCUGCAAUCUGCAUAAUUGAUACCGACUGCGAGGUUGAUUUUGCCCCUCCACUUGAUUAUGUGGAGCCUCAAAAGCCAGCAGUGCCAUCUACUCAGUCUAAGGAGAGACCGACAGAGGCCAAAAAGGAUGAAGAACCGUCUGAGAAGAUACCGAAAUUCAUCCCCUUUACCGGUUCAGCAAGACGAUUGGAUGGAAAACCGGCAUUGGACCAAUCGGUUGCACCGGUUUCCUCUACUGAAAUUCUCGAGCAGAACCAACAGGAGAGUGAGAACGGAACCAAGGGCUCUAUGUCAUCAACUUCUGCGUCAACGGGUCGAUCUAAUGGAAAGCUCGUGUUUGGUAAAAUUAGUUCAAAUGCCAACUGUCCCACGAAUGAAACCCCAAAAGUUGCCGCAGAGAAGAGCAGCCAAGAGCAGUCUCAUAAGGCCGAAAAGCCAAAAUUGCAAGCAUUCACAGGGAAGAAGUAUACACUGCAAGGAUGA